GCGAGAUAGCUACAGUCCUUUAAUCUAUUGAGGCCUAGAGGCAGGAACAAAUUUAUCAGUGCAUUUUCACAACUAACGUUUCGGAACCAUACUUAUUCCCUCAUUGCCGAACUGUUCUUACCUCGACAAGAAAUUUGGGUCCUUCCUUUUUGCACAUUUGCCAUUGAGGCCUCGAUUUGAAUAUUGUGGCACUGCUCAUAUACCCAGUAUGAAAUUUGGUGAGCACUUGAGAAAGGCACUCAUCAAGAACUACAGUUUCUACUACAUAGCGUAUGAUGACUUGAAACACCAGAUCAAGAAGAAAUUAAAAGACUCUGACUAUGAAUGGACCAAUGAAUUUGAAGAAGAUUUCUUGGCGGCUUUGGAGACGGAGUUGGACAAAGUUUAUUCUUUCACGAAAGUGAAGAACACGGAGGUCAACCGUAGAAUCAAGGAUGCCGAAAAAUAUGUCUAUGAGGUCGUCGAUGCAUUGAAAAAUCCAAACUCACCUCAAAAGCCACUGGAACUGGACUUUGACGAAUUAGAAGACGAGUUAUCAGACAUUAUCGCCGACGUUCACGAUUUGGCAAAGUUCACCAGGCUAAACUAUACCGGGUUUCAAAAAAUCUUGAAAAAACACGACAAGACAACUAAGUUUGCCUUGAAACCAAUCUUUCAAGUGAGAUUAAACGCAAAGCCUUUCUACAAGGACAAUUACGACAUGUUGAUUGUCAAGUUGUCGAAGUUGUACGACUUGGUGAGAACCAGAGGAAACCCAGUUAAAGGAGACUCUUCCGCAGGUGGGUCUCAACAAAAUUUUGUAAGACAAACCACAAAAUACUGGGUUCAUCCAGACAAUAUUACUGAGUUGAAAUUGAUUGUUUUGAAGCACUUGCCCGUAUUGGUGUUUAAUGCAGACAAGGAGUUCGAUCAAGAAGACGCAGCGAUUACUUCCAUUUACUUCGACAACAAAGACAUGGACUUGUACUACGGGAGGUUGAGAAAAGAUGAAGGAGCUGAGGCGAUUAGAUUGAGGUGGUAUGGUGGAAUGAAAUCCGACCAGAUUUUUGUUGAGAGAAAAACCCACAGAGAAGACUGGACUGGUGAGAAGUCUGUGAAAGCUAGAUUUGCUUUGAAAGAAAAUAAAGUCAAUCAGUUUUUGCGGGGUGAAUAUACUGCUGUUCAAGCCUUCGAGAAAGCAAGAAAAGAUGGGAAAAAGUCUCUUAAGGAAAUCGCCAACUUGGAGGCAUUGGCUAAAGAGGUACAGUACUCGGUGCUCAAGAACAAGUUCAGACCAGUGAUGAGAUCAUUUUACAAUAGGACAGCAUUCCAACUACCAGGUGAUGCGAGGGUUAGAAUUUCCUUGGUCACUGAGUUGACAAUGGUGAGAGAAGAUGACUUUGAUGGAUACGAUCGAACCAAUGGCAACUGGAGAAGAAUGGACAUUGGCGUUGACUACCGAUUUUCACAAUUGCCUGAGAAAGAUGUGUGCAGAUUUCCGUAUGCUGUUUUGGAAGUCAAAUUGCAAACCCAAAUGGGACAAGAACCUCCUGCGUGGGUGAGAGACUUGGUCACUUCUCAUCUUGUUGAGGCAGUUCCAAAAUACUCCAAAUUCAUUCAUGGUGGUGCCACCUUGUUAACUGAAAGGGUCAAUUUGUUGCCAUUUUGGUACCCUCAAAUGGAUGUUGAUAUUAGGAAACCUAAGAUCGAGCAAGACUAUGGAAUUCUCAGACACCAAAACAAAACAAAAUCGUCUUCCUCUUGCGAUGACUUAGAUGAAGAAGAGAUGAUUGAUGACGAAUACGGAAGGAGAUACAGUGUUCACUUCUCCAAUGAUAUUAAUCCGUUGGAGGAAGAUCUUGAUGAAGGCUCGCCUUUGUUAUUGCCUUCGUCUUUUGGCUCAAGAAAAACCGAUUCUCCUCUUGCCGAUUAUUUCGCAAGAUUAUACGGAAAAUUUCUUCAUUUCUUCAACGACGAUCGUACCUUUACCAUCAAGCCUGGUACAAACUUCGAUUUGAAUACUACCUUUCGCUCCAGAUUACCAAAGGGCAAAGUCAUUUGUGUUCCAGUACGAAUUGAGCCUAAGGUAUACUUUGCCGCUGAAAGGACGUUCUUGAGUUGGUUGUCCAUCGGGAUGAUUCUCGGGGCUACAGCCACGACUCUUAUUAAUUACGGAAACAAAAGCGCAUUGGUUGCCUCUAUCGGCUUUUUUAUUUCUGCUUUAUUCACGAUGGGGUAUGCUACGUAUAAGUACAUUCGCAGGACAUUGGCCAUCAGAGAAAAGAAGGUAACUGAAUAUGCGGACAAAUUUGGACCUAACAUGAUUUGUGCCUUGAUAGUCGCUUCCACAUUUGCUUCAUUUGCAUUUAAAAUUACUGAGUCCUAAAAUAUAUAAAACUAUUAGAAAUAUAUCAAAGUCAUCAGCAAAUUUGCGGGAAGACAUGUAAAGGUACAUGUAUUAAUCUUAUUCAAGUUUGAAUAAGGGAUCAGAAAGUUUGAUCAAUUCUCCUCUAGAUUUUUCAUUCUUUCUCCGAUGAUUUUAUCAACGUCAAGAUCUUCAUCUGUAUUUCUUUUGCGUCUCGCAAUUUUGGCAAGUAUACCACUUUUCUUCACUUUCAUUUUAGCACCGCUUGGAAGAAUCUCAUAGCCAUCCGAUUGUGGAGUUUCAUAGUCGCCCUCCUUCAAUGAUAAGCCACCCGAACUAGGUGGUAGCUCGCUAUCUAAAGUCCUG